UUGCUGCUUUUAGCAGCUGAAAGGGCUGCAGGGAGCUCUGGGUAAGACAUUUUCUGCUGCUGCCGCUGCUUCUGCGGUAGAAGCUGCUGGGAGUAAGUCGGAGGAAGGAGGAUCGAGAGGGAGGAGGCUUCGUUUGCAGCCAUGCUGAAUCACUGUUGCUGAUCAGAUAUCCUGUUGGUUGGCUGGGAGAACGGAGAACAGAGCUACGAUCUCCGGGUGCAUGCACAGUUCAGCGGCUGCCGCCCCAGCUGGGCCUCGCACAAUGGACGGUGAAAGCAUCAAGCUGAGCUCCCAGCCCCUGGUUCAGGCCGGGGGUGAUGAGAAGAACCAGAGGACGAUCACUGUCAACUCUGCCCACAUGGGGAAGGCGUUCAAGGUUAUGAAUGAACUGCGGAGUAAACAGCUGUUGUGUGACGUGAUGAUUGUGGCGGAAGAUGUCGAGAUAGAAGCCCACCGUGUGGUCCUGGCAGCCUGCAGCCCCUACUUCUGUGCGAUGUUCACAGGUGACAUGUCUGAGAGUAAAGCCAAGAAGAUAGAAAUCAAGGACGUGGAUGGGAGGACACUGAAUAAGCUGAUCGACUACAUCUAUACAGCGGAAAUUGAGGUGACUGAAGAGAACGUCCAGGUGCUGCUCCCAGCGGCCAGCUUGCUGCAGCUCAUGGACGUUCGGCAGAACUGCUGUGACUUCCUGCAGUCUCAGCUGCAUCCCACCAACUGCUUGGGCAUCCGCGCGUUUGCAGACGUGCACACCUGCACUGACCUUCUGCAGCAGGCCAACGCUUACGCAGAGCAGCACUUUCCAGAGGUGAUGCUGGGGGAAGAAUUUCUUAGCCUAAGUCUGGACCAGGUGUGCAGCUUGAUAUCCAGUGACAAGCUGACAGUUUCUUCAGAAGAGAAGGUAUUUGAAGCUGUGAUUUCAUGGAUCAAUUAUGAGAAAGAAACCCGUUUAGAGCACAUGGCAAAACUGAUGGAACAUGUCCGUCUUCCCCUCUUACCAAGGGAUUACCUGGUCCAGACAGUUGAAGAAGAAGCUUUGAUAAAGAAUAACAACACCUGUAAGGACUUCCUCAUUGAGGCCAUGAAAUACCAUCUGCUCCCUCAGGAUCAGAGGCUCUUGAUUAAGAACCCAAGGACCAAGCCGAGGACUCCAGUCAGCCUUCCCAAGGUCAUGAUUGUGGUUGGUGGCCAGGCCCCCAAGGCGAUCCGCAGCGUGGAAUGCUACGACUUUGAAGAGGACCGGUGGGACCAGAUUGCUGAGCUUCCCUCCAGGAGAUGCAGAGCAGGUGUGGUGUUCAUGGCUGGUCACGUGUAUGCUGUGGGCGGGUUUAAUGGCUCGCUGCGCGUGCGGACAGUAGAUGUGUAUGAUGGCGUGAAGGAUCAGUGGACGUCCAUCGCCAGCAUGCAGGAGCGCCGGAGCACUCUGGGUGCGGCCGUGCUCAAUGACCUGCUCUACGCCGUGGGGGGCUUUGAUGGCAGUACUGGCUUAGCGUCUGUGGAAGCCUACAGUUACAAGACCAAUGAGUGGUUCUUCGUGGCCCCAAUGAACACGCGGCGGAGCAGCGUGGGUGUGGGCGUCGUGGAGGGAAAGCUGUAUGCUGUCGGGGGUUACGAUGGGGCUUCCCGCCAGUGCCUGAGUACCGUGGAGCAGUACAACCCGGCAACCAAUGAGUGGACGUAUGUGGCAGACAUGAGCACGCGCCGCAGUGGUGCAGGGGUCGGGGUGCUCAGUGGCCAGCUGUAUGCCACAGGCGGACAUGACGGGCCCCUGGUGAGGAAGAGCGUUGAAGUUUAUGAUCCUGGAACAAACACCUGGAAGCAGGUGGCAGAUAUGAAUAUGUGCCGGCGUAAUGCAGGAGUCUGCGCAGUGAACGGGCUCCUGUAUGUGGUUGGAGGGGAUGACGGAUCCUGCAACCUGGCUUCGGUGGAAUACUACAAUCCCAUCACUGACAAAUGGACGCUGCUGCCCACCAACAUGAGUACGGGGCGGAGCUACGCAGGUGUUGCUGUGAUUCACAAGCCCUUGUGACCCACAGGCCCACGGCCAGGAGGUGGAGGCAGGGGAAGGGUGCUGCCUGUGGUUCAGAACAGCCGCGCCAUGACUGUCGGUGCCACUCACCGCCGGAGUCCGCAGCGGAGCAAGACAUGCCCUCCUCCAAAGUGGCCGAGUGGCGUCCGGCGUGGAGACUGGUGAUCGCCUCCUGCUCCCCUGAAGUGUUCGGGACUCCCCCCUGAGCAAUGGGUUCCUAAAGCUCCAGGCAGCACCUGGGGGCUUUUUUGUGUGUUUCUACAUGAACACCCAAGAACCUGGGGACAAUGUGUGUGUGUGUGUGUG